AUGAUAAAGAGGCAGAAAGCAGCUGAGCUCAACGACUGCAGAGAAUUAGUGGAAGUACAAUCAGGAAAUGAGUACCAAAUACGCAAGUUGAUGGAGCAAUUUCCGCAAUAUGCAUGGAAAUACGCGGAAGGAAUAACAAUCCCUGGUUACAUGAUCAAGAUCGCUGAGCAAGUAUCAGAAGAGUUCGACGGUGUCCGAAAUAUUCCGACCGAUCUUUUCCCUUGUGAGUAUUUUCGAGUAAUCGAUCACAGCACUCCUACCGAGCUGGCUAUCCAACCGAAAAGAUUCGACAAAACAGAGGAACAAUUACGGCGAAAAAUGCAGAUACAUUAUGAAGAUGAUCAAGACCGCAUAAGAAUUCCGUCUUGUCAACUUUUUCCUAAAGUCGCAUGUGCUGUGCGAAUUGAAAACAUGUGGUAUCGCGGAAAGUUGGAGAAUGUUGCAGACUUGAGUCCAUGGGUUUACGUGUAUCUGGUGGAUGUCGGUAUGAGUCGUCAGGUUGCAAAAUCAGAAUUACGAUACCUGGAUUCGAAAUUCGGACACUACCCACCAAUGGUGGCAAGGGGAAGAAUCCGAGGUGCUUUCAUUCAACACAUGGACUACGAUAAAGUGGAUCGCUUUCGAUACGUUGUUAAAGACCUCAAUUACUUGACUCGUUGUCAGAUUAUAUCAACUGUUGAACCAUAUGAAGUCAAUAUGUUUCAUCCAAAAUACGAAUUAUUGAAUGUCUGCUCAUUUCUUCUUGUUCCCCGGCACGGGUUGCCUUCAGUAGAAGGUAUUUGGCCUCCAAAAGUUAUUGCAAGAGAACUGAAUCGUGAAAAUGGAGUUGAAAGUGACGAAAACGACGAUUCUGGAGCCGACUCCGAUGAUUUCAUUGGAGAUGAGGAGGACGGAGAUGAUGGUUGGAACUUUCAAGAAGAUUCUGAUUGUUUUCUUAGAUCAUUCUCACCAGCGACUAAAGUUUUUCGAGUAGUCGAUGAGAAUUUUCAGAUAGAACGAGUGGAAAAUGAGCGAUUGGUGUUCCUGACAAACGAUGAUAUGCGUCAGAAAAGAAGAGAAAUCGAAACAUAUAGAAAACAUUCCCUUAAACAGCUUCCGGAGAAAUGGAUGGUAUUUGGAACAUCGUGUGCUGUCCUUCACGAAGGAAUUCUGAAACGAGCCGCUAUCUAUAGAAUAAAUGAUCACUCAUUGAACCUGCUGCUCGUGGACUAUGGAAUUAAUAUCGAAAUCGCGAAAUCAGAAGUGUUCAGUUUGCCAAACGAGGAACCGGUCAAUAGUGAACCUCAGCUUACACUCGUCUCUUUGGCAGCCUUCGACUUCAUUCAUUACUCUAGGGUUGAAGUUAUUCGCCAACUUCUACCAACCGGAACGCUCGUUCAUUUUGAGAGAGAAAGAAGAUCCAAAGACAUCCCAACAAAGGGUGAUCUCUUCCUUCGGGACGGAACUUCUGUUGAACAAAUUGUAAAUGAAACGAUCUCUGACCGUAAUCUGGAUCUCGAAUGCCUCGAUAUUGUUCCAUUCUGUGGAUAUACCGAAUACAAUAGGGACCUGCACCGUGAUCAAAUUAACCUCGACUUCUCGUACACUCGUGAAAGCUCAAUUAUUUAUAAGAAAUCCAAACUUGUUGCAUCGAAAUUUUAA